AUGCGCCCGCGCACAGCAAGGUCAUUGGUAGCGUCAGUCAAUCCGUUGCGGCUCCAAACAUACAAGUACUUUUGGUUGGCAUUGCGGAUGAGGGUGUGUAACCACACUUCUAAUGCUGCUUCGGAACAGACUGCCGCAUGCAGCUUUAAGACGGCUACGGCUCUGGCGAGGGCGUGCCGCACGGACCUGUCGGAGUUUUGCCAGCUCGCCUGGCACCACCGACCCGUGGCUGCCCCGACAUCACAGCCAUCCCCGGGGGAGCCGGUGGCGCUCCGGCUCGCGCUGCUGGCAGUGCUACCCGGGCUGCGGUUGCGUGCGGGUGACGGCGGCGCGAGGCUGGAUUUCGACGGUUCGACGCUUCCCGCGCCGCCGCCGCCGCAGCUAGCAGCAGCGCUGUUGGCAUCGCUGGCCGGUAUUGGGUCCUGGAAUGCAGGUGCCGGGCCCCCCGGCAUCGUCGCCCUGCCGCUGCAUGACGACCAGAGUGGCAUCGCAGCGCCGACGCUGGCGCCACAGGCGGAAGCGUUGGACGAGUACAAUGAGAACGGCGGGUCGUACGACUGCUGCGCAGCCAUCGACACUGUCGACGCCGGCCAAAAAGGCACAUUGUGGAGCUCUGACGCCUGCAAUGCCUCGGCAGCGCCUGACAACACGGUGCCGUCGCCACCGCCGGCAGCGAUUGCGGCCGCCAGGGCAGAUAGGCCGCCGCUGGCGGUGCUGGCAGCGGUGACGGCUGCGACGGCUGCACCAGCGGUACUGCGCAUUGCCCGGUAA